CAGCAGCAGUCAGUGCAGACCCAACGAAGCCUCCAUCACGCCAUGUCCCGCCUGACUCUCUUGGUCGUGCUCGCCUUCCUGGCGCUGGUGGCCACCCAGACGCCACUGUCGCAGCUGGGCAGCGUCGAUAUGGACGCGCUGCUGGCCGACUCCGCCAAGCUGGAAGAGGUUAUGAAGUGCCUCCUCGACGACUCGGACAACUCUUGUACCGCCGACGGAAAAAUUGUGAAACGGUUGGUUGAGGAGACAAUUAAAAAUGACUGCACGGACUGUGCCGAACCUCAGAAAACGGCUAUGACGAAGUUCAUGGUGUACAUCAGCAACAGCAAACCGGAGUAUGUGCCGAAGCUCCAGGCAAAGUACGACCCUACCGGAGAAUACCGCGCCAAGCACGCAGAAGCCUUGAGGGCUAAGGGCGUCAAGGUGUGAAGUGUACCUGUACUCCUUUAAUGCCGUCUAUAUUGUGGUUUAGACCUGUAAUGUCUCUCUCUGUGAAGACGGCGAUUAAAGAUUGUAUGUUCCAAUGUAGAAAAGAAGUACCAUUUUCUUCUUACAAUAAAUGCUUUUCUUAAAUCUACAAA